GUUUCUCGCUGCCUCCACCACGCGAGUUCAAAGAGCAAAAGGACGUCCGGGAGCGAGUGAAAAGGCGGCCGUGUUCUUGAGGAUCCCCGUCUCUUCUAUUUUUUAGGGGGAUUAAAAAUCACGCCGAAUCGCAGCGUUGACGGCCGAGCGCCAUCAGGGCCCCACAAUGUCCAGUGAAGUGCAGAGACCGGACGACAGCCCCAGCACCAGCGGUGGCAGCUCGGACAUCGAGCAGCGCGAGUCGUCUGUACCGACCGAACAGGAGCGCGAGCAAGCGCAGCCCAAAAAGAAGGAGACAAAGAUCUCCAGUAAAACCGCUGCUAAACUGUCGACGAGUGCCAAGAGGAUUCAGAAGGAGCUGGCUGAAAUUACAUUAGACCCUCCUCCAAACUGCAGCGCUGGCCCCAAAGGAGACAACAUCUACGAGUGGAGGUCCACCAUCUUGGGACCGCCAGGCUCCGUCUAUGAGGGAGGAGUCUUCUUCCUGGACAUCGCCUUCACGCCAGACUACCCCUUCAAACCCCCAAAGGUGACUUUCCGCACUCGGAUCUACCACUGCAACAUCAACAGUCAAGGCGUGAUCUGUUUGGACAUCCUGAAGGAUAAUUGGAGCCCCGCCCUCACCAUCUCCAAGGUGCUGCUGUCCAUCUGCUCCCUGCUCACAGACUGUAACCCAGCCGACCCCCUGGUGGGAAGCAUCGCCACACAGUACCUGACCAACAGAACCGAGCAUGACAGGAUAGCCAAGCAGUGGACCAAGAGAUAUGCCACAUAGACAUGCACACACACACGCGCACACACACACACACACACACACACACAUUUGAGCCGCGCUCUUCCGCCUCCUCCUCCUCCUCCUCCUUCCUCCUCACUCUACCACUCUACCUCUUUCUCCCCUCGGUCCGUCAAAGCACACUCACUAAGUGCAUCGCUGUACCCGACCCUCCUCCUCUUCUUCCUCCUCCCCAAACAUUUUAUGUGUUUGAAAAAUUAAAAACACACACACAAAAAAAGAAUAUUAAACACACAAAUCCUCCUUUGUGUUUCUUGUUGACUUGAAAGCUUCUUUUUUAUACAAAGAGUAGUAGAUUGGAGGAUUUUUAUUUUCCAAUAUGUGACUGUUGGAACUUGGAAGUAUUGCAUUGCAAAUACAAGACACAAACAUGCCAUUAUAAGCAGGGGUGCACAGAAGCGGUGGCCAGUUACAGAUGCGCACCGAAAAUGUUACUGUUAUGGUUGCUGCGCGUUGGUGUAGCCAGUAUUUUGCAUGUUUUUGUUUUUAUUUUGGGGGAGGAGGGGGGGAGAAGGACUCAUAGCAUUGUGUUGUUUGCAAAUGAUUCGUUCAACGGAACAACUCUUUUGGACUGAUGCGUUCCUUUCUGUGUUCAGUUAAGUUCAGCCGCAGGGCGGCAACACAGGCUGAACCAUGCGGGGGGGGUUGCUUUGUGGGCAGCGUGGUCUCACUGGGCUAUUACGGUCUGUUAAAAUAUUUUUAUGUUAAACCAGUUUGGGAUGCAAAAUAGAUUGGGGACUAUCUUGAAUGACACCUUGUGUCAGACCCCUCAUGGAUUUCCUUUUCAUUUACCCUCUCUGACGCUUACAUUUUUUUUUAAUAACACACAAACUUUACUGUUAGAAAAUAUGGGUAAAACAAUCACACCAACGGCAAAAAUGACAAUUGACUGAUCUGAAAAGGUAGCCAGCAGCAGCUGCUAUCUCGCCCAACCAGUGUGAGCAAACUUACCUUCAAAAUUGCAGCGGUACGAAGAGCCAAGAAACUUGAAAUAAAUAUUAAUCCACAGUGACGGGAAGAGUGAUUUCAAUUCUGUAUUGCCUCUCCGCCAGCCAUGCCAACUUGUGCCAUCACACAUUUCGCACAUGCCAGAAAGCGCCAGGGACUGUAAGUUUUAUGUUUAUCCUGUUAAAUCUGUGGGUGGGUUAAAAAAAAGAAA